AUGCCCAAGGAACGCCAGACAUGCACUGAGUGCUCUAUGCGCCGGCAAAAAUGCGACCGCAACGUUCCCUGCGGUCGCUGCGUCAAGAGGGGCGAUGCCGCAAAAUGCACGCGGGAGUGGCCUGAAGGCGGCUACGAUCCAAAAGUUCACCGAAUCUAUCCUCGAUCGUCCACAGCGGCAGACGCCAGUCCCACAACCACCGAUACAUCCCCCCAAACCAACAAUACCAACCCGCCAGAGGCUGCCGUGCACCCUUCUCUUCGAACGCCCAAGUCUGUGACUUCCGGGCCUAGUCCUCGCGAACAACCACCAGUAUAUCCAAGCAACCUUGGGCCCGCUCCAAUCAACGGCCCGCUCACUGACGUCGACAAUGCUGCCUCUGUGUUAGAAUUUCUCACUUGGGGUCGGAGCAAGCUGUCCGAUUACGAUCUUAAAGCGUUAGAUCUCCUGAAGGAACCUCACCAAUCUGGCACUGCCGCGCUUCCCAAGGACACCGGGCCAGACUGGGAUGUUUCAAAUGGCUUUGGAGGGACGGGUGCUGCCCAGGUCUCGUUCCUACAAUUGCUCCUUCCUAGUCGUAAACAAGUAUUCCAAUUGGUGGAAUAUCAUGUCAGCUCGAUUUUGUGGUAUCACGGGUGCUUCCAUGGUCCGACGUUCUAUGAAGAGCUCAAAGAGGUCUACAAAGGCCCCAGUGGACUCCAAGUCAGGAACAUGGACCUCAGAUGGACUGCCUUACUCUUUGCGGUAAUGGCAGCAAGCAUGACUUGUGCUAGUGAGCAGCUGGCCUUGAGCUGGGGUUUCAAAAAGAACGAAAGAGCGAAGCUGACUAGGCAAUGGUACAAGGCUACGGUAACGUGCCUCAAUCUCGCAGACUAUAUGUGGCGACAUCACGUCUACUCAGUCGAAGCCAUCACUACGCUUACCAUGUCCGCCCAUAUCCUAGGGUUCAGCAAUACCCAGAGCACAUUAUUAGGAGCUGCUGUCAAGAUCGCCCAGGGUCUCGGCUUGCAACGACUGGGCCCAGAAGAUGACGCAAGCAAUGUUGUUGGAGCUUCCAUGCUAUCGACUCCUGCGCUCCGAGACAAGAUAAUCAAACGUGAAACGGGAAGGAGACUGUGGCAACAGUUGUGUAUCCAAGACUGGUUUUCGAUCCCUUUCUCGGAGAUGUAUUCCAUCCAGAGGAUGCAUUUCUCUUCAUUGAAACCUAUGCACUGCGAUGACACCACAAUGUUGCCUCUACCCGACGAUGUCCCAAGUAUGACAAGUUUCCCCAAUUUUCUCGGGGACAUCGCAAGCUUGAUGCCGCAGAUACAUGAUGCAAUCAUCUCUUCGAACACCUUGUACACCAAAUAUGAACAAGUUCUGGACUACGACGCACAAAUGCGAGCCCUUGCAACCGACGGACUCCCUCGCUUCUUCUCCAUGAGAGAACCACUUCAACCGGAAUGGCCUGCAUUUAUCCCGUGGGCGAGACGCAGCUUGACGAUUUGUUUCGCUCACAAGAUCAUCAUGAUCCACCGAGCGUUUCUAGGUCGCAGCUUUACGGAGCAAGCGUUCGACUUUACACGUCGGACAUGCAUGGCAGCCGCAAAGACAAUAUUGAAGGAGGCCAGACAGGCCUAUGACGAGGAAGGGCCGAUGCUCUGGAUCGAUCAAGCUUUCAUGGUUGCGGCGGGCAUAACGCUCGCCUUGGACAUCUUUCACCGCAGACCCAGUGAAACCGAGUACGAAGAACACCGGAAGUUGGUGGAGAAUACCAUUACAAUGCUGGGAAAAUUCGAAAACAGCAUGAUUGCAAUGCGCGGCAUUCGAUUGCUGUCAUCUUUGCUCGCUGAGCAGGCCCGGUUGACGGCCGACCAAACCCUGGAAAACUAUCGAAAGCGGACACAUGACAAUAUGAGCGGAGAUCGUGGCCAACCCAAACGGCAGAAGUUCAACGUGCCGAAGUUUGUCGAGUCUUUUGUGGGAAACGACUCGUUCACACAUUCUCUGCGGUCAGCAAAUCGAGGCGCCGAACCCUCGCUGGAUUUGUAUGAACCGACUGAAUCAAAAACGCCUGGAUCUCAAGAACCCAUCAUCACGUCCGACUUGGGGUACGAGACGUUUGAACAGCUCUUCCCCCCGCACACCGGAAUCAGCAACAAUUUUCUUUUUGAGGAUCUCUUGAACUUCGACAUAUAA